GCAAUAAUCAGUACAAGGGAAAAGAAAGCAAAAAAACGUACAAAAACAGCCAUCAAAUCAAAAUAAAAGAAUUUGGAAAUUUCAUUGUAUCGCAAAAGAAAAACUGCCAAAGUCCUAGUCUAUCGAUCUGCUUUUGUGCUUGGGAGCAGUGAAAAAGCGAAAGCAAUGUUAUUGUUCGUCCCGAGCAACGGCAGCAGACGAGUGAAGUGAAGAUUUUACUAUAGUGGAAAAUUGGCUUUGUGUUUGGUGGCCCCCUUUUCGAAAAAAUGAUCCUUCGAUUCAGGGCCAGCUGCAGCAGCAGCAAAAGCAGUAUUUGGAGCGGAUGGUGGCCCACGCUAGUGGUACAGUUUCUGCUACUGCUGCCUCUGUUUGGGAACGUGUCCCCGAGUGGUUCCAGUGGUCCGUCGGCGGGAUCGUCAUCCUCCGUGCUGAUCAUUGUCUCGUAUGACGCAUUUCGAACCGAGUACCUACAGCGCAAUACUACAUCGUUUAUGAACGAGCUUCGUCGCAACGGAACCACGGCCCAGUACCUGCGGAAUGUGUUCCCAACCAAGACCUUUCCGAACCAUCACAGUAUCGCUACCGGGGUCUACCCGAAUCAGCACGGUGUCAUGGCGAACGGACUGUACGACCAUGGCCGGGGGAAGCUGAACUAUUCCUAUGAGCUGUUCCAUUUCGAUGAUGAGCUGGUACCGAUAUGGGUACUGAACCAGCAAAGUGGCGGUCAUUCUGGUUGCAUGAUGUGGCCCGGUUCGAAUUUUCCGUACACAAAAUCGAACAUCAGCUGUAGUCACAUUCAGCCGUUCAAUUUGACAACGCCCUGGAAUGAUAGAGUAGAUACCGUUUUCAAGUGGAUUCAAGAUCCAAGCAAGCCAGCCAAUUUGGUGCUGUUGUACAUUGAAGAACCAGACUACUAUGGUCACAUAUACAGCCCCGAGUCGGACCGGGUGGCACAGUUGAUUGUGAAGCUGAACGAUUUGACACGGUACCUGUACGAAAAGAUCGCAGAGUUUGGAAUGGUGGAACGGGUAAACGUGCUGCAUCUCAGUGAUCACGGAAUGGACUCGGUGAUGCCGAAAAAUUUUAUCAAUCUGACUGGGUUUGCACCGGCCGAUGUCAAGUACGAUGUUUACGGGUCGACUCCGGUGCUGCAGAUUGUUCCGAAGGUGAAACAACAGACGGCCGAUCUGUACCGGGCCCUGUGGAAUGCUUCGAUUCGAAAUGGUAACUUCGAUGUGUACACGCUGGAAAAUUUGCCACCGCGCUGGCAUUUUAACAAUUCCCAACGAACCGGACCGAUAACGGCCGUGGCGAAGCUGGGCUACGGUUUCGAUGACAUGUGGGGUCUGGCCAAUUUCUACCGGAAGACGUUUAAUGUUUCAAUUACCCCGGACACCAAAUAUGGAGUGCACGGGUAUGACAACGACAUUCCGAUUAUGCAUCCGAUUUUCUUCGGAUACGGACCACGGAUACGGGAACGGACGACCGUCGAACCGUUCGAUACAGUCGAUUUGUAUUACUUGUUUUGCGAAAUUUUAGAACUGCGCAGUCCACCUCAGCUAGUGGGUAAUCGAAAGCAUAUUUUGUCGAUACUGCGAAAUGAUUCCCGUGACGAUGACGAUUCUGGUGGUGAGUCAACGCGGGCAGCUACAUUAUUCGUCAUUUUCGCCGGUAGUUUGGUUGCUUCCUUCGCACUAGUCAGUCUGCUAGCGGGGGUUGUCAUUCGGCAGCGCCGUCGGCGGGAAAAUCUCGUACCGCACUAUCUGUACGACGAAACCGAAUCUUUCCUGGACGAAGGAAACAAGUUACUGCCGGCUACCGCCGCCGCACACCACAACAAUCACCAUCAUCAGCAGCAACAGCAACAUCCCGUUCAGCACGGCCAUCAUCAUCAUCAGCACCAGCACCACCAUCUGCACACGAACGCGUCCAUCAACGGGGACGUCAUGUCGAUCGAUGUUUGAACGUGCUUCCUGUCCUGUCUUCCCCGAUUCUUCUAAUUAUUGAUUGUUUUGUAAAUAACCGUUGUUAAUUCCUAACUUACUGUGCCGUUUCCUACGCACUCGGAACUCGAGAGUGUCGCAGCUCUAUGGUUAAUAGUUUUAUGUAUCGUUUUUUUUUAUCUACGUAGCAACUUGAUCAACGGAGUAGAAAUGGACGAAGGAUCCUAAUCGAUGUCAAUCUAAUCUAAUACAUAUCAACAGAGUAGGUCAAUUGGUUUUCGUUCGCGACUUGAAUUAGUUAUCCAGUUUCUUCAGAAUAAGUUCUACUGAUACUGAUCGAAUACUGUCAAUUUUCUAGUGUUUCCUUACAUUCGAACAAUUGUAUCGAGAUGCCAGUGACAUUGAAGAACAUAGCCAUCGAAAAUAGUUCGUUACAUUUUAAAUCAAUAGUCAAUCUACAAACAGAACACGAAUUCGCCAAUUGUAGACUGUGAAUUACAAACAAAACAAAAAAAAACAGGAGUUGUGUGAGGCGAAGGAAGGCGAAACAGAAUUUUACCAGGCCAUAAUAAAGAUAAUUAUUGUAACAUUCGCUAUUAUAGAAGUGUAUAUUUUAAGCAAAAACGGAACCAUAAGUUGUAAAUAAUGGAGUAAUGAAUAUAAAUAAACGUAAAAAAAAACCGUAAAACUGCGCCGCGACGGAUUGGCAAGGCACUAACUACUACUAUUGAAGAGAAAAAAAAAACGUGAAUUUAACGAAAAAUAUUGAACCUGUUCCAACGAUAUGGUUUUCUCAAAAACUAGAAUUACUGAACGCAAAGGGAUGUGGAAGAGAGGCGGAAAUAACUUCUUGUGAUAUUUUUAUACCAGACUACAACAAAACACAACUUCUAGAGAAAGAAAGAGAAAGAGAUUGAAUACCGUACUGUAUACUAUUCUUCCUGGAUCGGGAAACGUAAAUUAGGAAUGUUGAAAGCUUGAACCGGCGAAAAAAAGGAGAGAACAGAUCGCGGGUUCGCUGCUUUCCUACGUUCAGAGAUCCAAAACAGCCCUCUAUUUGCAGUAACGAGAUAAUUUAUGCUUUCACUAGGACUUCAUUUUCUGAAAACUGCAGGCGGAAAUCAUACAUAUUAAAAAGAAAAACACACACAAAAACGUAAAUAUGUAUUAAUAAAGUUUUAAAAAUUCCUGA